UGAGACAAGGUGUUCCUCUGUAGUCUCUGGAUAAAAGAGUCCGCCUACAGCUUUAUUGAUGACAAUCGCGCAAUAGCUGCAGUACUAAUGCAGGAAUUGAACUUCAUUUUCCUAUGGCAUAUCUGUAAGUUGAUAUUCUUACUCCUUUUUCGAUCUCCUCCUUCACACCUAGAAAUACCGAAUAACUACAAAUUCAAAAAUAAUGAUGACGACGUCCUGGGAGGCUCUGACUUCAAGCCCCAAACGAGAUCGGGGACGCGAACUACCCUGGCCGAAGCAACGGCAGACACUGCAACGGAAUUGGUAGCGUCAAUGUUAUGAACGUACUUAGUACUUUUAUACGUCUUUUAUAAUAAAGAGUUUACACGGAUUGGACUUGCAAGGGAUACAACAUUUGCACCUCAGUUGCUAUCAUGUUUAGACAGUGCCUGUAUGUUGGACUACUGCUCAUCGUUGCUCAUAUUUCUCGAUGUCGAUGACCUAUCUUCUUCUACUAAAUAGACACAACUCGCCGCGACAUCGAAGGAGCAUCGCGUGUGCAUUGUUUUCGUGUCGUCUCACGACAAAGAAUCGCAGUUUGAGGACUAGUAUUUAUUUAGCAAGGACAACAUGGGUGGCGACCUUUUAGCUGUACCCUAGUACACUGAAGUUAAGGCUCUCCCUAAUCCAUCUCUUCCAUAGGGAAGAUGGUCCCUCAAGCAUUGGUGCAAAUCCUUGAGGAGUUUCCACAGGGAUGGACUUGGGGAUCGGUCUAAUGAAGCUGUCGACACGCGACUGCGUCUAAAGCGCGGCACUUUGGGUUCUUUGGCCGCAAAGAGCAAGGCGUAAGAAAACGCGGGAUUCCGACACUGUGGUGUGCGAGAACUAGUGAUCCAUUUUUCUUAGAAAGUCUAAUACAGAGAUGGAUUGGAGCGGACCGGAAUCUCCUGAACAGAAAAAAAUAUCAACAACUGAAGCUGCGAAGGCAAUUGUUCAAGUCUAGUUGCAAAGGCAGUUGUUUUG